AUGUCUUCUGCCGCUUGCCGCCGCCAGCCUGCAUGUCCGUCCUCGCCAACUCGAUUCGCCCCGCCCCCCCACCACCACAGGCCCCGUGCUGUUGCAGGGCCGGUCCGCAUGCCGCCUCCAACCGCCGGCGGCAUCAACGAGCCGCAAGAGUGCCCGUACUGCAGGCGCAACUUCAGCUGCUACUACUCGCUCAAGCGCCACUUCCAGGACAAGCACGAGCAGAGCGACACGCUGUACGUGUGCGAGUUCUGCCACAGAAGGUACCGCACGAAGAACUCGCUGACUACGCACAAGAGCCUGCAGCAUCGGGGCUCAAGCGGCAUGCUCAAGCGGCUGCUCAAGACGACGGCGAUCAAGAGCGUGCUGAGCCAGCCGCCGAGGCUGCAGUGA